AUGCGAGAGUCAAGAAGCAAGAGGCACGAGUCAACAGGCAAGAGGCGAAAAAUAGGAAAAAAGCAAAACGUGAAUGAUAAGAGGAAAGGAGAAACAGUCAAAAGGCAAGAGGCAAGAGGCAAGAGGCAGAAGCAAGAAACAAGAGGCGAAGGCAAGUGGCGAAAGGCAAGAGGCAAGAAGCAACAUGCAAGAGGCAAGAGGCAAGAAGCAACAUGCAAGAGGCAGAAGCAAGAAAAAAGAGGCAAAGGCAAUUGGCAAAAGGCAAGAGACAAGAAGCAGCAUGCAAGAGACAAGAGGCAAGAAGCAAGAAGCAAGAAGCAACAUGCAAGAGGCAAGAAGCAAGAGGAAAGAGACAAGAGGCAAGAGGCAGAAGCAAGAAACAAGAGGCGAAGGCAAGUGAAAAAAGGCAAGAGGUAA